AUGAGCAAACCAACAAGCGCUCAGAAGGAAGAAAGCCAGAAUGACCUUUCGGAGGAAGAUCUUUCCAUUGAAAUUGUAAAUGUACAGAAAAUUGAGAGAAUUGAAAAUGCAAACUCUCCGAGUAGUAUCAGCAACAACAGCGGCAUAGGGAGGACCAGUACCGAUCAUUCAUCACCAUUGUCAUCAUCAAGUAGUCUUCACUAUCUAAAUGGUGAUGAUGAAGAUCGAUUUCUAACACCACGAGAGCGUAUCAAAAAGUAUUACUCUUCAUUUACAUCCUAUAACAAUAUGGAUUUUUCAUCCGUGUUGAACGAUCCAAAGGAUGUUGCUUCCAACUCAUCACCACUUCUUUCCUUGUCAAUGAUUUCAUCAUGGUUUUCAUCAUCUUCUCAUAACAGUACGGCAUCAAGUUCUUUAAAAAACAAUGUUGAUGAAACUGGAGAUGAAAUUAUUCGUGGGAUUUCUACAGAGGACUAUGCAUUUAUUGAUGCCCUCAAUGAAAAGAAUUAUGACUCAAUUCAAGUUGACAGGAAAUUUCAUCCAACAAGUCAAACAAAGAAGAGUAGAAUAUCAAUCAGUCAAACGCCAUCCACGAUCGGAAACGAAAUUUCGUUGUCAGACUUUAAGAGUUAUUUUGAAAUGUUAGAAAAGUUUCCCAACAGAGAAGAUUUAAAAAAACAGCUUUCAUAUCGGUCUCUAAAAGAAUUUUCUUCCAAUGCAAGUUUGCUAGAAUCCAUGACUAAACGAGAAGGUAUUCCUGCUUACUUUUUUGAUGGAAAUUUUGAUCUGUCAAAAGCAGAGUAUUUCAAUAAGAUUUUUAAUACAGAAAACGAAUCAGCAUCAUUAUUAUUGCAAGAAAAAUUGAGUUAUUAUCUGGACCAAGUUGAAAAUCAAGUUCAAAAACAAGUCAAUGAUCGAUCAUGUGAAAUAUUUGACUCGAUGAUCAAGUAUGAUGACUUGUAUGAAACACUGCUCCAAUCACUUCCUCUUGUGCAAGAACUUCGGAAAAAAAUUUCAAAAUAUGAACAAGGUGCCGUUUUGCGGCCCUUAGAGGUAGCAAAUUUAGUUCGAAAAAAACAAAAUUUGAAAAAAACUUUAGAAUAUAUGAAAAUUAUUGAAUCUAUUCAUGACAGUAUGGAGGCUGUUAAAUUAUUAGUGUCACAGAGAGGAGAUUUAUUAUCUGCGUUGGAAAUUUUAUCAACCAUUGAACACACAUUUCAGAAAAAUAUUGAACUUUCCAACAUCUCAUGUCUCAAGCACAUUCCUAAAGCAAUUAAUAUUGAACUUCAGGUUAUUGAUGAAACAAUUAAGCAAGAGUUUGCAGACCUUAUCACUGAAGUUAUGCAUGACAGUGAGUCAUUGGAAUGGACUUGGAAUUUAUCUUCUCUUCUUACUGCCGUGUUACAUAGAGAUUUGUCCACUUCAGUAAUGUUGUUUACAAAAAAGCAUGUUGGUACAAUCCUUUCGGAAGUCUAUGAGAAAGUAUUAUCUCCACUCAAAACAGAUGCAUCAGAAGAUGUUAAAUUAACUUUAUCAAAACUUGAACCUCAACAAUUUUGUGAUAUGUUUGAAUCGUUAACAAAGAAAUGUUUGGAAAAACUGGAGAGGAUUUCAAAUAUCUCACGCGCUGUAGAUAAAUUCUGUAAAGAGACCAAUGAAAAGAGUGAUGUAAAUACAGACAAAAUUGUAGUGAAUAGCGUCAAGCUGAAAAAUUUAAAUCGAGAAACUCAAAAAAUUUUACUGUUCAUGAAUGAGAACAUUCAACAAUAUUGUGUAACAAUAUGCAGUGCUGUAGAUAAUACUAUCAUCAAAUUUUCAAAUGCCAUACUUUCUCGGUACAUGACCAUUGGAAACAGCUUUAUUGAAAGUUGUGACAAGUUGUGCAAUCAGAAAUCAUCCAUUUUAAAAGGAAAAUUCCAAUCUCAUGGUCAGAUUUAUCUCGACCAAUUCCACAACAUUUAUGUACAACGAUUGAAAAAACGUUUGGCUCGUGACAAUUGGGAACCUGUGCCAAGCAUUCCAGAAAAGUAUCAAAAAGCUGCCAUCCAACUUUUGGGUACAACCACUUUCGAUACUUUCUCAACAUCCUCACAAACCACCACUCCUCCCAAAAUUUCCUCUCCAGUAUCUUCAAUGCUUCGAUCCGAUUCAUCUCCAAGUCUUGCUCAAACUCAUGCAGAAGAUAAGACCUCAUACAUUCUAGCAAACGGAAUCAAAUUUAAACUUUCAACAAGCAGCUUGUGUCUUCUCAAAUUCAUAGCCAAAUAUUGCACAUUACUUUCCAAGGAGUAUGUCUUCAUCAGCGCAGUGGAUUUGCAUGGAAGAAUUCUCAAACUCAUGCAAGUGUAUAAUUUAGAGUUGAGAGAAUUGGUGCUCAUGGCAAAAGCACGAGAAAUUAAUAAUUCCAUUACCACCAUUACUCCAAAACAUUUGAUUCUUGCAUCAGAUUGUAUUCACUUUUUAAUCAUUCUAAUUCCUUACAUUCAAUCCAAAAUUGAGGAUGCACUCCAAGAAGGUCAAAAAAAACAACUGAUCAAAUUCAGCGAUUUCGUGAAUGAUUUGUUAGAACAUCGAAUCUCAAUAUUCGAGAAAAUUAUUUCAAUUUUAAUAGAGGCUCUGAAAGCUCAAUGUGAAGGCAUUACAAGCUUUAAUUGGAAUGACAAGUUAGACCAAAAAACUCAAACACCAUUCAUUACCAUGAUUAAGCAAACCAAUAGUGUUCAUAGAACUCUCAGUUCGAGCUCCUUUCUUUCUUCUAAUAUAAUGGAAUUACAGAAAUAUUCAACACGAGUUUACGAUUUGCUCAUUGAUAAGAUUUGUGAAGCCAUUCAGAAGGUGAACACAUCAUCAACACCCAAUAUUUUCAAAACAGAACCUAUCAAGUCACGUGUGAUUGCUGAUAUUUCACUCAUUCAACGAGAAAUCACAAAGAAGACAGAAUCAUCAACUGUUGCAUUAACAAACAUUGAAAAGUUGAAUAAUUUAAUGAUGAUCUGA